GUUGUGUUAUGUCCCGUAAUUCGUACAAAAACUAUUUAUCUUAUUACGAUACAAGUCGAUACGUACGUGUUUUCGGACACAAAUUGAAACUGUAAUAUCGUAAGCAUUUUAACACAGUCAACAGUUAGUAGUUACUCACUGAAAGACAACGUAGCAAAUACUCUUUCGUUUUAUUUCAACCUAUUUGCUUGCCAUAAUGCGCUUGAAAUAUAAAAAAAUAGUAAAUUUAGUACGUUUUCUGAGAGUGAUAUAUAUAAUUUUACUAUGUCUCGUCCCCUUCACUAAAUCCGAGAAAGAGAAGACUGAGAAUGUUAAAGACGAACAGGAAGUCGGUAUUCAAGAAGGAUCCGAGCAACUGAAAGAAGAUAUGAGCGUUGAAUUCCUGAACAAACCAGAGAAGUGUGACAGAAUUACUAAGAAAGGUGAUUUGCUUACUAUACAUUACAAGGGAACAUUAGAGGAUGGUGAAGAAUUCGACUCCAGCUACAAUCAGAAAGAACCAUUUCAAUUCCAGUUAGGAAUUGGUCAGGUGAUUCAAGGCUGGGACAUUGGCUUGACAGAGAUGUGUAUUGGCGAAAAGAGAAGAUUAACAAUUCCUAGUAAUCUGGCCUAUGGUGAAAGUGGAGCAGGUGUGAUUUUUAUUUUAUCCUAG